AUGGAUCAUGGCCCUUACGACACUGCAGUAGCCAAUGCUGCUGCUGCUACAGCUAUAGCGGAUCGGUCAGCUUAUAGCGCGGAUCAUGGUGGGCUUGGCGGUCUACUGGCUGCUGAAACCGGUCCUGGUUACAACGGAUACGCCGCGCUGAACGGGGCUGCUUCCAACGGGAAUGCUCUUAACGGGUAUGCUCCAAACGGGGCUGCUUCCAAUGGGCGUGCUCUUAACGGGUAUGCUCUUAACGGGGCUGCUUCCAACGGUCAUGCACUUAACGGGCACGCGGUUAACGGGCAUGCUCUUAACGGGCACGCGGUGCACAGCAGCGCUGGCCAGGACGACAGGAAGCUGGGCUUUGAGUCGACUCAAAAGAAGCUGGGCGCGCCGACAGACGUGGGCGUGGGCAUGCAGAAGGAAUCAGUCGAGUGGGUCAACAUGGUUCUCCACAAGAUGUGGAAGGUCUACCGGCAACCCAUCGAAACCUGGCUGGUAACCAGAAUCCAACGCAGCAUCGACAAGCUUCAACCCACGCUCCCACCGCCGUUCUCCCGGGUGGAAAUCGCGGUUUUCACGCUCGAUUACGAGCCGUCUGCUGUAAGAGCGGUGCAGCAGCGGCCGAGCAGGAAGGCGGAUGACUUGCAGUACCAUGUGGGGGUGCGGUAUACCGGGGACGCGCACUGUAUGAUAAGGCUGCAUCUGGAGGUGUGCGGUUUGAAGUGGUCCGUGCCGGUGGACGUGCAUGACCUGGACGUGGAUGCUGAGGUGUGGGUGAAGCUGCGCCUGACGCCCAAGAAGCCGUUUGUCGCCAGCCUGUCGCUCGCGUUCGUGCGCUUGCCGACCAUCAAGCUGGUGCUAGCACCCUUCCACGUUCUUAAUGUCGUUGGCAUCCCAUUCCUCUCCAAGCUGCUAACGGAGGACCUCCCGCGGCUCCUCGUGCUGCCGCGCCACAUCAGCCUCGACUUCCUGCCACCUGGCAUGGACGCCGACGAGGACACGGACGCCGGCACUGACGUGGGCGCUGACGUGGCUGCUGACGUGGCUGCUGACGUGGCUGCUGGCGUGGCUGCUGGCGUGUCUGCUGGCGUGGGGCAACAGGAAAGAGAGGCGCAGUGGCCGACCGAAGCAGCUGCGUCUUCUGUGGGGGACACAUCCGACGCCUUCAAGGGCGAGCUCUCAGUCACGCUCUGCGAGGCCCGUGCUUCAAGUCGACUCAAAACACCCGCCUCCGCCAUCCACGCGCCCCUCCAGGGAGACACAUCCGACGCCUUCAAAGGCGAGCUCUCAGUCACGCUCUGCGAGGCCCGCAACCUCCCCACCUCGCCGCUCUCCCUCCUCUCCCUCCCCACCACCCAACCUUCCUCCCGCUCCUCCCCUUCCAGCACCUCCCCCUCCAAUCACACCACACCUCCUCUCCGAAACAACAACAACAACAGCAACAACAGCAACAACAGCAACAACAGCAACCCACUGGCGAUUCUCAGCCGGCCGCUGUCGCUCCUGAGUGCCCCGUACUGCCGGCUGGUGUUUGGAGGGGCGGUGGUGGAGAGCAAGAGGAACAGGCAGACGUCGCAUGCUGCAAGCCCUGGGGACCCGGUGUGGAAUCAGGACUUCCUGCCUCUCUCUCUCUCGCUCCUGAGUGACCCGUACUGCCGGUUGGUGUUUGGGGGCGCGGUGGUGGAGAGCAAGAGGAACAGGCAGACGUCGCAUGCGGCAAGCCCCGGGGACCCGGUGUGGAAUCAGGACUUCCUGUUCUGCGUGGAGAGCCCCAAGAGGCAGAAGCUCACAGUGGUGGUUCGGGACUCUGCCUUGUUUCAACGAGACCUGGGCUUCGUGCAGGGGCACCACCGGGUGCAAGGGCCAGCAGCAGCGGCGGAGGCAACAUCAGGAGCAGCAGCAGCAGAACUAUCAGCAGCAGCAGCGGCAGCAGCAGAAGCAGCGGCGGCAGCAGCAGCAGAGUCAGAAUCUGCAAAGAGUGUUGCUAAAGGAGCGAGAAAAGCUGCAGGAGAAGCGCUCAAGAACCUAAGGAACUUGAGAGACCUGAGAAACAGAGACACGGCUACUGCUGGGGAAGCACGCACGCCUGUUGCAGGAGACAAACGGGGGAGGGAAGCAGAGGCAAGUGUCGGCAGAACCAGCACUGGGGGCAGCAGCAGGAGGGGCAGCAAGCGUGCGAGGCUGAAGCAAAUCUCAUCUCAGCUGAAGAGUGUGGUAAAGGCAGGAGCAAAGGCUGCUGCUGGUAACGCGCUCACAACACCACCAGCAGCAGCAGCAGCAGCAGUGGAUGGUGAUGCAGAGGUGGUGAACAGUGGAGGAGACGCAGAUGGGCUGUGGUGGGCAGCUCCUCAAACAGAGGCGCAAACAGAGGUGUGCAGAGAAGACGAGGGAUGGACGGAGGUCUCAGAUGAUGAUGGGGAAGGCAGUUCUGAAGGCGAGGGGGAAGGCAGCUGGGAGUGGGGUGAAGGCGGGGUGUGGAAGGCAGGUUUAGAGGAAGCUUCUCUUGCUGCUCCAACCUUCAAUGGUGCUGCUGCUGCAGACGACCUUUUCGUGCCCAAUGGGGCAGCUUAUAACGGAGCCAAUGGUUUUGCUGCUUAUAUCGAGUCUGCAGACAUCAACGGUCAUGUCAGUAACGGAAAUGCAACGGGUACAAACGGAAGGGCUGCAGGAGCAUCAGCAGCAGCAGCAGCAGCACCAGAGGGAGCAGCAGCAAAUGAGAGAGAAGCAGAAAGGUUGAAUGAGGCUGCUCUUCACGCUGGUGACUCCUGGUGGCUGGAGAAUGAUGCUGUUACAGAACUCUUUGACGUGCUGGAGAGGCACUGA